AUGGCGGGUGACAGUCAACAAUCGAAGAAACGAAUUAAUCACACCUGGACAACACAAGAGGAUAAAGCACUUGUGGAGUGCCUUCUUGAAAUUGGUUUAGCCUGGAAGGGAGAUAAUGGCUUUAAGCCAGGAUUUGCAAAUCAAUUAGAAAAGAUGAUGGACGACAAGAUCCCCGGAUGUUCACUGAAAGCAUCCCCUCAUAUAACUUCCCGGAUUAAACAUCUUAAGAAGCACUAUAAUGCAAUCUGUGAAAUGAGAGGGCCUAAUGGUGGGAGCGGUUUCGGUUGGAACGACAAAGACAAGAUGAUUAACGUGGAAAAACAUAUUUAUGAUGACUGGAUUAAGACCCACCCCAGUGCCAAAGGGCUUUUUAAAAAGCCAUUCCCAUUCUUUGAUGAAUUAGCACCAAUCUUCGGGAAAGAGGUUGCAACUGGAGAAGGGGCAGAGGGACCUGAAGAUGCUGUUCAACAGAUGGAAAAAGAGGCUGCUAUUUAUGAUGAGAGUGGGAAUUUGGCAGAUGAUUUCUUUGAACAAAUGCUGGACCCUACACAGAGUCAGAAUUACUGUCCAAUGCCUGAGCCUACAACUGAAGAGGGACCUGAAGUACAUUCACCUGUGUCAGUAACUGUAGCAAAAAAGGGUAAGAAACGUGCAAGGAGUGAGGAUGCUGUCAUUAACGUGGUCUCUGAAGCAAUGGACAAGCUUACCCAGUCACACUCAAAAACAGCUGACAAAAUAGAUAACUUGGUUGGCUGUUUUAAACAUAAGGCAGAGGAUAGGGAGAUGAGAAGGUCAAUUCUGGAAGAAUUAAAACAGAUUGAAGGAUUAAAUGCUUCUCAAAGGGUGAAGGUUGCAAUGAUCAUGGGUAGAGAUAGCAAACUGACUGAUGUUUUCAUGAGUGGAGGUUAUGAGGAGAGAAUCUUAGUGGUGGCAUCGCUGUUGGAAACCGCUCGGUAG